CCUUCUGGGAGAGUUCCUCCCUCUCCUGUCCGAUCCUGUUUUUAAAAUUCUGUCACCAUUUUUAUUUUCAGUAACUAGGAAGUUCUCAGAAUGUUCCUCUUUUGUUUCACAGAUACGAUUUUUUAUUUCUUCUUAAGUUCUCUCUCUGCCUUUUGCCUGUUCUGUGUUUCUUUCUGGGGCUCUCGCCUUUCGUGAGCCCUGUUGUGGGCUUCUUUCAAAACAUCUGACCCACGUGUAAGCCAAAGAAUGAUGCUGUCCUCCUUGAACGCACACAGUGACGCGUGCCAGUCAUAUUUCACAAAGACUGGAAAUAAAUGGACAGCUUGGAAAAAAAAAAAAACUAAUGAAAAGAUUCGUGCUGGGAAUAAAGACUAUUUAUGUCGGGGGUCCCGCCCACCUUGUUAUCUUCAGGCCCUUUUUCUCAGGGCCACACACGAGUGCUUCUACAGAGGCCACGUCUGGUUGCCGCCCGCGGGUGACCGGGAGCCAGAGGGGGACGCCAAGGGGGGCGGUGUUUUCCUCCAGUAGGCGGUCCUCACUCGGUUCCCUGUUUCCCUCCCUCCCCGCGGGCCCGGCAUCCCCUGUCCAGUACCUCUCCCCUCGUGGUCUGGCUCUCUCCGGUUUUCUCUGUGAUUGUCCUGCUGUGGCCGCUAAAACCGUUGUCGGCUUUUGAAACGCAGGCUGGUCAGAUGUCGCCUGGAUUCUCCCUGGGGAUCUUUCUCAAGAGAUCCCGUCACAUAGGACACUAUGCACCUUCAGAUCCUGAAGAAAAGGCGCAAAAUGUUCAAGUAAUGCUUCGAGCUCGUUUGUGAGGGUGCCCGGGGACACCAUGCCGUCAUCAGGACACCGGCUCCGGGAUGUCGAGCAUCAUCCUCUCCUGGCCGAAAACGACAAUUACGACUCUUCGUCAUCCUCUUCCUCCGAGGCUGACGUGGCCGACAGGGUCUGGUUCAUCCGCGACGGCUGCGGCAUGAUCUGUGCCGUCAUGACGUGGCUCCUGGUCGUCUAUGCGGACUUUGUGGUGACUUUCGUCAUGCUGCUGCCUUCCAAAGACUUCUGGUACUCUGUGGUCAACGGAGUCCUUUUUAACUGCCUAGCGGUGCUGGCCCUGUCGUCCCACCUGAGAACCAUGCUCACAGACCCCGGGGCAGUGCCCAAAGGAAAUGCCACUAAGGAGCACGUGGAGAGUCUGCAGCUGAAGCCCGGGGAGGUGAUCUACAAGUGUCCCAAGUGCUGCUGCAUCAAGCCUGAGCGUGCCCAUCACUGCAGUAUCUGCAAAAGAUGUAUUCGGAAGAUGGAUCAUCACUGCCCGUGGGUGAACAAUUGCGUGGGAGAAAAGAAUCAGAGGUUUUUCGUGCUCUUCACUAUGUACAUAGCUCUGUCCUCAGUCCACGCUCUGAUCCUCUGUGGCCUCCAGUUCAUUUCCUGUGUCCGAGGGCAGUGGACCGAAUGCAGUGACUUCUCGCCUCCGGUGACUGUAAUCCUGUUGAUCCUCCUGUGCCUUGAGGGUCUUCUGUUUUUCACGUUCACCGCGGUUAUGUUUGGUACCCAGAUUCACUCCAUAUGCAAUGACGAAACGGAGAUCGAGAGGCUGAAGAGUGAGAAGCCGACGUGGGAGCGGAGGCUGAGAUGGGAGGGGAUGCGGUCUGUCUUCGGGGGGCCCCCCUCGCUCCUCUGGAUGAACCCCUUCGUCGGCUUCCGGUUGGGGCGGCCGCAGACCAGAUCCAGGAAAGGAGGCCCAGAGUUCUCCGUCUGAGGCCCGUCGGCGGACGCGAAGGGAUUCAGUCGAGUCCGGAAGGGCGGCGGCAGCUCACCUGUGACCAGUAGGGCGAACGGAACCGACAGACCAGAUGCCUGCAGCAAGCAGUUUUAUGUUUGUAGUCACAGAUCGCAGACUGCCCACGUCAGCGACGGGGGCCGGUUUCCACCUAUACGACUAACGGAAGGUACGUGGCCGCGUGAAGUGUCACGACCUUCCUGCACACAGGGUUCUGGUUCGGGACGCUGCAUUUUCUAAGAGGUGGUGUGGGGUAUUACAUGGGUUGUUAAAAUCCUGUGUCCCAAGCUGCUUUUUUCAGUCAUGAAGAGAAAAAAAAAGUCAAUCCAGUGAAUGAGAAUUCUCCAGCUUAACGGUUUCAGGGCGUUCCUGUUGGCCCUGGGAUUCAUUAGUGCGCGCCCUUGAUCGAGGAGGGGCCCUGACACAGACAACACUUUGGUCUCGAUGAGCUUCGAUACUUUGCACUGAGUUUGCAAACGAUCUGUGCACUGAACGCUGAAGGUGGCCUUCGGCACGCGCCCACUGCCCCGAAGAGGCCGCUUCGACCCUGUCGGCAGGUCCGCGUGUGGGCGCGCGCGCGCGCGCUUAAGUUGGGCGGUGUUGUUGCGGCGACCUAACAGGUAACAGCUGCGUGCGGCCGGCGAGCUGCUUUCCAGAAUCCGAGGUUUCAGGGAUGAGGGGAGAGCUGCCUCGGGACCCUUGUCCCCUGGGGCUUGUCAUGAAUUAUGAAUGUAUUGCAUUUUGGAGAAUGUCUUGAUCCAAAGAACAAUCACUCCCAUGUGGUCCUUCGUUGCCCUCCUGUUUUGACUUUAUUUUCCAGGUCCCGAGUGCAUGAGGGCCUCGGAACUGAUGUGUUUUUUUGUUCCAGCCACACCAGGAGUGUCCUAGCGGCACUUCGGUGAGAAGUCUCGUGGCGGCCGGGUACGCCGUGCGGCCGCAUGCCGCUGCCGGGGGUGGAGGGGGGCGGGCAUGGCCACAGACACUCGCAGAGAGACACUGGCGGCACGGAGGACGUGAGGGGACCCCAAGGCAGAGCCCCGGGACCCCGAGCCUCAGUCACUCGCAGAGUAUUCAGGAUGGCAGCAGCUUUAUUUUUUGUAUCGUUCAUGUUUGUUUUUCCACCCACGUCCCAAGCGAUCCAGUAGGACCUUUGGUGCAGAGCUUAAACUUCCAUCAGAAAGCAAACAGCUCCCCUCCGUGGGGACUCGCCUUAAACUUGCUCAGUUUGUACCUGUUUUGGGGGACUCCGGACGAAGCGGUCCUUGACAAAGCCCGAGGCUCUCCUCCAAGCCUGCCUGCACGCUGACGAGAGCCGGUGUUCCCCUCCCGGCUUCUACGCCUUUCCGUUCACCCGUGAGCUGUUUGGGUUUGGGUUUUGGUUUUAACGAACCCGCACCCUGUCCUAGUCAGGCUUCCGCCCCUGCUGACGCAGAUCCACGGGGGACCUACCGCAGCUGGAGCCGGGCGAGCAAAGCGGAGGGAUGUCCCGGAGACGGACUGAGAGCCCCGGGGCGGGGGCCGUGUCCCCACCAGAGGGACAGGCCCCAGGGGCCCAGACGCGGCGAGCCGCCAGGAGUCGCGCUGCGUCACGCAUCUGCACAUCCGUUGUCCGCGGUGGGCGCGUGUGUCCGGCUUCGGUGUGAGGCUUUUAAUGUGUGUACCUGUUUAUCAAUAAAAAGUGGUCCAAGUGGUGGA